UCAGGUUUUCUGUUUGCAGCUUCUUCACAAGCUGGACAAGUUAAUCCUACUGUCAUGACCCUUGAUGUGACCAAAGAACGAAUCCAAAAGCUGUUCAACAAUAUGGAAGUUUCUGUUUCUUCAUAUGACACAGCCUGGGUAGCCAUGGUUCCUUCUCCAAACUCUCCCAAAUCCCCUUGUUUCCCUGAUUGUCUGAACUGGUUACUGGAUAAUCAGCUUGAUGAUGGUUCAUGGGGUCUUCUUCCUCAUCAUUCCCCAUUGAUUAAAGAUACUCUCUCUUCAACACUAGCAUGUGUACUUGCAUUAAAACGAUGGAAUGUUGGGAAAGACCAAAUUAACAAAGGUUUACAUUACAUCGAGUCAAAUUUUGCUUCAGUCACUGACAAAAAUCAAGCAUCUCCAUUUGGUUUUGACAUCAUAUUUCCUGGUAUGCUUGAGUAUGCAAAAGAUUUGGAUAUAAAACUCCCUUUAAGCCAAACACAUUUGAGUGUGAUGUUACAUGAGAGAGAAUUGGAGCUAAGAAGAUGUCAUUCAAAUGGGAGGGAAGCAUACUUGGCAUAUAUCUCAGAAGGACUUGGAAAUUUGAAUGACUGGAACAUGGUGAUGAAAUAUCAAAUGAAGAAUGGCUCUCUUUUCAACUCACCUUCAGCAACAGCUUCUGUUCUUAUUCAUCAUCAAAAUGCUGGUUGUCUUCAUUAUCUAACUUCACUCUUGGACAAAUUUGGAAAUGCAGUCCCAACAGUUUACCCUAUUGAUUUAUAUGUGAGGCUUUCCAUGGUUGACACACUUGAAAGAUUGGGAAUCAAACGACAUUUCAUGGUGGAAAUCCAAAAUGUUUUAGAUGAAACAUAUAGAUGUUGGGAGCAGGGGGAUGUGCAAAUAUUCAUGGAUGUUGUCACUUGUGCUUUAGCUUUUCGGGUAUUAAGAAGCAAUGGGUAUGAAGUCUCUUCGGAUCCAUUGGCUAAAAUCAUCAAAGAGGGGGAUUACAUGAAUUCACCUGAAAAGCCUUUCAAAGACGUAUACACAUCUCUUGAAGUUUAUAAGGCAUCACAGAUCAUAUAUCAAGAGGAGUUAGCUUUUAGAGAACAAAACUUGACAAGUUAUCUCCCUUCAAAUAACAAGCUCUCUAAUUAUAUUCUCAAAGAGGUGGAUGAUGCUCUUAAGUUCCCCUUCAAUGGCAGCCUAGAACGCAUGUCCACCAGAAGAAACAUAGAGCAUUACAAUUUAAACCAUACAAGAAUCUUGAAAACUACAUAUAGCUCAUCAAACAUCAGCAACAAAGAUUACCUAAAGUUAGCAGUGCAAGAUUUCAAUGCAUGCCAAUCUGUUUAUCGUGAAGAACUAAAAGAUCUUGAAAGGUGGGUGGUGGAGAAUAGAUUAGACAAGCUCAAAUUUGCUAGACAGAAGACAGCCUACUGUUACUUUUCUGCUGCUUCAUUUCUUUCUUCCCCUGAGUUAUCAGAUGCCAGAAUUUCAUGGGCCAAAAGUAGCAUCCUCACUACAGUAAUUGAUGACUUUUUUGAUGUUGGAGGAUCUAUGGAUGAACUGGUGAACUUUGUUCAAAUCAUUGAAAAAUGGAAUGUAAAUGUUGAAAAUGAUUGCUGUUCAGAGGAAGUUGGCAUUUUAUUUUUAGCACUUAAGGAUGCAGUCUGGUGGAUUGGAGACAAAGCUUUUAAGAUUCAAGAACGCAACAUAACAAGCCAUGUUAUUGAAAUUUGGUUGGAUUUGGUGAAGAGUAUGUUCAGAGAAGCCAUAUGGGCAAAAGAUGGUUCAAUUCCAACAAUAAAUGAGUAUAUGGAAAAUGGUUAUGUGUCAUUUGCUUUAGGCCCAAUUGUCCUCCCUACUCUUUACUUUUUAGGGGCAAAAUUGUCAAAGGAAGUUGUUCAAAGCUCUGAGUAUCACAAGCUUUAUGAGCUUAUGAGCACUCGCGGUCGUCUCAUGAAUGAUAUCCAUAGCUUCAAGAGGGAAAUGAAGGCGGGGAAAUUGAAUGCUGUAGCAUUGUACAUGAGUGAUGGAAAGAGUGGGAGUGUGGAAGAAGAGGUUGUAGAGGAGAUGAAGAUUUUGACCAAAAGUCAAAGGAAAGAGAUGAUGAAAUUAGUUUUGGAAACAAAAGGAAGUGUUGUUCCAAGAGUAUGCAAAGAUGUAUUUUGGAACAUGUGCAAUGUGUUGAAUCUUUUUUAUGCGACUGAUGAUGGGUUCACUGGAAAUGCCAUUCUUGAUGUUGUGAAGGAAAUUAUUUAUGAACCUGUGUCCCAUGAGUUGAUGCUUGAGGAAGACUUGUAAAUAAAGGAUUAUUGUUUUGAAAGAUCAUUGAUAUUGUCAAUCUUAAAUUGGAAAAAUAAAUGGUGGUUGCUAGUUAAUGCUGUUUAUUUUGUGGGAUUAAUAGUUUAAAACGACUAAAUAGAGUAGUUUGAUAAAUCGGAGGGCAGUGGAGCACGAAAGGAAGAACUCAAGGGUUUUUGGUGUUGGAAAUAAUCUAUCAUUAUUAUGACAGUGAAAAAAGAUCAUAUAUAAUCUUUGAUCAUGCGAUUAGGGUUUCAUCAUUGAAAAUCUUUUUUUGUAUUGAUUCAGGAUUUUGUUUAAAAGUAGAAUUCUAUAGAAUUUGGCUUAAAUCUAGGGUAGUUGAAGAUGAAGGAAGAAGAUGGGAGGCAUGUUAGCUUAGAUGUAGGGUAG